AUGGCAGCGUUAGCCAGUUCACUCAUCAGGCAGAAGCGGGAGCUGAAGGAACAGGGCAGUAGCCGGCCCACCCCUGUUAGCAAGAAACCGUGCACCAAGGCGAAGAAGUCUCUGUGUGAGAGGAACAUCCUCAUCCUUAUCACCAAGGUACAGCUGUGCGGAGGCUGGAAGGUGAGUGUGAGAAAGAGGGAGAAUCCCCAGCUCAGGGGCAUCAUCACCCGCCUGUACUGUCAGGUUGGGUAUUACCUACAGCUGGUGCCUGAUGGUGGGCUCGAUGGCACAAAGGAAGAGAUGAGUACCUAUGCUCUCUUUAAUCUAAUUCCAGUCGGACUGAGAGUGGUGGCGAUUCAAGGGGUGAAGACUGGACUCUACGUUGCCAUGAAUUGCGAUGGCCACUUGUAUACAUCGGAGCACUUCACAUCUGAAUGCAAGUUCAAGGAGUCCGUGUUUGAGAAUUACUAUGUGACAUACUCUUCGGUCCUGUACCGACAACGGGAAUCUGGCCGGUCGUGGUACCUCGGCAUCAACAAGGAAGGGGAGACCAUGAAAGGCAACAGAGUGAAGAAAACUAAGAGGGCUGCACAUUUUCUUCCCAAACUCAUCGAAGCUGCUUUGUAUCGGGAGCCGUCUCUACAUGAACUGUUGGACGAUCUCCCAGAUAUGAAGAAGGCCAUAAAGAUGGGCGAUGAGCUGGUGACCAUGGGCAACGGGAAGGGACAGCCCCUACAGACGGACACGUAGUCCACAGGACGAUGCUGUCAA